AUGGAUGGAACUAUAGAUGUGGAAUCUGAACUAGAAAAAGGAAGUACAUUUAUUGUCACACUACCUUUCAAAAUAAUGAAAAAGGCGGAAUUUUCUGAUUGGGAUAAUAGUGGAGCCAAGAUGAAUUUUUCAAUUCAACAGAGAUACCUUUCUCUUUUAUCAAAUGUUCAUGAAAUGAGUGAAGAAUCUGCUGCUACCAAUUCUCCAGAAGUUUAUUCAAAGAUUAUUCUGGCAGAAGAUAAUGCUAUCAAUAGAAAAGUCAUCCUCAAACUCAUUGAAAGUAUUACAGGAUAUACAGCUGAUUUUGUCUCAGAUGGAAAGGAAUUAGUUAAAAAUUUUGACAUUCGACGCCAUAGGUUGGUGAUUACAGAUCUUAACAUGCCAAACAUGGAUGGUAUUGAGGCAGCCAAAGAGUUGAAGCGUUUGUAUGGAAAUUCUGUCAAAAUUAUUAUCCUCACUGGUAAUUCAGCUGUCAAUGUUGAAUCUCUGAAAGGAAUUGUUGAUGGAUUGCUGGAAAAACCAUGUUGUAAAGAAGAUUUACGGAAAUGUAUUGAUCUAUACUGUAAGGAAUAA